UCCCGGCGCUGUGGUUGUAUACAUAGAAUGCGGAUACUCAGUAUGGGUCCCAGAGGCUCUAGCUCGUUCAUGAACGAGAUAUAAAGCUGUUGUGAAUUGCUCUUCAUCUUGCAACUCACAGAUCCUGAUUCAAAGCAUCUUACACUGAACACUCAUCAAAAUGUCCAUCAAGAACAUCCUUGGUCUUACCGCUCUUGCAAUGGGCAUCUUCGGCGACAGCGUUAUGGCUGCUUGCACUGGCGGUCCUGGCUGGACACCCGAGGAAUUCGCCGAAUACCUUACACUCAACGAUACCACCGGUUGGUCAGGCCUCAAUAGUAUCAAGUACUGCACCACCGAAGACCUCGAAGAGGAGGCUGCCGCCAGUGGCGUCGACUUGGAAGCCCGAUCCGGCGGCAACCAAUGGAUUGGUUUCAGCUCCAGCGAUUGCACUGCAGGAUACAUCGAGACGCGAACCAACUUUGGAUGCGGCCUCUGUGUCAUCCCCAGCAACUUCAUCUACAGCGGAUACUUGUGGAGGGAGGGCACUGGAAACCCUUACCCAACCGCGGAUUAUUAUACCUCCGCUUGCGCUGGAACGAAACUUCAUCACCAGGGCAUCGUAAGUGGGUCGCACUCAUCUUGCAACGCCAUCACGCGUGCUGCGUCUGUUCUCCUCUACCAGGGUUGCUAGUUGAGUCACUCAUCACCUAUGUGUCAACCCACAUAUAUGUGGGCUGAUGUUCAAGUCAAGACAUAAACAAGCGAAGCAUAGCCUCCGUUGACACUUAGAGGAGUUACUUGUAGAUAUCUGAAUCAAAGACACUUCGUUAGAAAGUAUAA